AUGGACAUGGUCUUCAAGCUCCUGCAAUGGAAAAGGAAUUGCGGGGGGCUGGAGGCAUCAGAGACUUCGGUCUUGGGUUCGGGGCGAGGCGGCCGUGCAAGGCCAUCCCCUGGUAGACAGCCAGUCUGGACUGAGAAUCAAGGAUGGUGGGAGCACCCCCUACUGAUGAUCUGCGGUGAAGCCAAGCAACUCGCAGCCUACCAUCCUCGUGAGAGCACAGUUCCUCUUGCCUCAGACUCGCCAACCCCGAAGACUCUGGUCGAUUGUCUGGCUAACUACGUUCCCUCCCAGACUGUGUCACGUCCAGUUCGCCGGGUCAGCGAGACCAUCACAAAUGAUGAACAGGCUCAAAUGGAGUUUAUCCGGAGAAACCUGGCCUCGACGUCAGGCUGUGGCCCCAAAGGUAGGUACGUACAGACCAUAUGUAGGGGCCGCGGGCGAGCCUGGAAUUUUAGUGGUUGGGGUCAGCCUGACGCGCUCCCCCAAAUCUUGGCGGGAUCUCAGCAUCAGCAGCUGGUCUGGGCGGUGGACAAAGUCCAAUCCAAUUCAGCCCGUUACAUGGUACUUACGCCCAUCCAUCAAUCAAUUCCUCCCCCUUCACCUAAUUUUACAAACCAUCACUUUUCCAACAACCACCCAUCCCUUAAUCCAGACAGCUACCAGUUAGACAAUCGCGAUAGUCGCGGCGGCCGCACCCCGUUCCGCAUUCGUGUUAUGAGCUCAACGACACUGCAUCCAUGA